UUCCCUCUCUCCUUCCUCCCUUUCUCCUCCUCCUCCUCCUCCUCCUCCCUGCCCCCUUGAUGUGUUUCUUGGGGGGCUUGGAGCAAAGCGAGGAGGGCGAAGAAGGGGAGAGAAAGCGCCCAGCAGCCCAGCGCCGGCGAUGGAAGAACUCACCGCUUUUGUCUCCAAGUCGUUUGAUCAGAAAGUGAAAGAGAAGAAGGAGCUCAUCACUUACCGGGAGGUUCUGGAAAGCGGACCCGUCCGAGGAGCCAAGGAGGCGGCAGGGGAACCGGGCCGAGAGGAGAGCAGCAGCCCCAGCACCGGGGCCCGCCUGGCCCAAGCGGCAGCAGCAGCAGCGGCAGCGGCAGCAGGAGGAGGAUCGCCGGCCCGGGAGCUGGAGAUGGGCGCCUUGGACCGGACCAGGGAGGCCGCCGGGACCCCGAAACUCAGCGAAGUCUCCCCGGAGCUGAAGGAGCGCAAGGAGGAGGCCAAAGGGAUGGAGGACGAAGGGCAGACCAAAAUCAAGCAGAGGCGAAGCCGCACCAACUUCACCCUGGAGCAGCUGAACGAGUUGGAGAGGCUCUUCGACGAGACCCAUUACCCGGACGCCUUCAUGCGGGAGGAGCUCAGCCAGAGGCUGGGGCUCUCCGAAGCCAGGGUCCAGGUAUGGUUUCAGAACCGAAGAGCCAAGUGUAGGAAGCAAGAAAAUCAGCUACAUAAAGGGGUCCUCAUAGGAGCCGCCAGUCAGUUUGAAGCCUGCCGAGUGGCUCCCUACGUGAACGUGGGCGCUUUGCGGAUGCCUUUCCAGCAGGACAGCCAUUGCAACGUGACGCCGCUGUCCUUCCAGGUGCAGGCGCAGCUCCAGCUGGACAGUGCGGUGGCGGCCCACGCGCAUCACCACCUGCACCCGCACCUGGCGGCCCACGCGCCCUACAUGAUGUUCCCGGCGCCGCCCUUCGGCCUGCCUUUGGCCACUUUGGCCGCAGAGUCCGCCUCCGCCGCCUCCGUCGUGGCCGCCGCCGCCGCCGCCAAGACCACCAGCAAGAACUCCAGCAUCGCCGACCUCCGGCUCAAAGCCAAAAAGCACGCCGCCGCCCUCGGCCUCUGACUGGCCCUUCGCCCGGACCCGCUUCCUUUGGAUCCCUCCCCCUCUGGGUCCUGUUAAAACCCACCAAGAGGGGAUCAUCUGGGUCCUUGGAAAGAUGAACUGUUGAGCAAGGGAUCGACCGAGGCUGGAGGGAAAACUCACCACGAAGGGAUCUGGAUCCCUUAAAACAUGAACUGUGCCAAGACUGGAGGGAACGCUCAGCAAGAGGAGAUCUGGAUCCCUUAAAAUAUGAACUACACAAGGGAUCAGCCAAGGCUGGAGGGAAAUCUCACCACUUGGGGAUCAUCAGAGACAAUAUAUAUAUAAAGAUCCCUCCAAUUUACAGAGAGAGAGACGAUCCACUGGGGAGAGAAACUAGCAACAUAAUAUGAAAAGGACGCUAUUUUUUUUCUUCUUCUUCUUCUUCAUGGGAGGGUCUUCAUCACCAUCACCAUCACCAUCAUCAUCUUCCAAUGGAGCUGGGAAAGCCUACUGCUCCCUGCGAUCCAGGCCAAGCGAGAGGAAAAGAGAGCAAAGAGACUUUUUUAUGUGUCAAGGAAUUAGAUGAAAUAGAGACGCGCAGCUGGGAAGUUCACAGGUUUUGCGACUGACCUUUUCUUUUCUUUUUCUGCGGAGUUCACUUUAAAUACGAGGAAUUUGAUAAGCGAGGCGGGCCUCCUUUUCACGUCGCAACAGAGGACUUGGGUUUGAACAGCCCCGGACUGGAAAGGGAGGGGAGAAGGCAAGGAGAAUGUGGGUUUUAUAUAUAUAAAUAUAUAUAUAUAUAUAUAUAUACAAAAGAAAAUUGAAAUUAGGAUGGGGGAAGUGGAAUAACUUUACACACAAAAAGAGAGACAGAAAACGUGGUUAUUUCUCUUGCAAUCCCGGUCUGCAUGUUACUGGGUCUUUCUUUCUUUCUUUCUUUCUUUCUUUCUUUCUUUCUUUCUUUCUUUUCGGUCUUGGCUUCUGCUUAUUUACUUGGCAAGGAGUCCCAUUAGGUGCAGAGAUUUGCUUUCGAGGAAACAGGUUGAGGAUCUGCAAAACUCAUUCCCCAAACUCUGGGCCUCCUCUAAGCGUUUUGGACUUGAGCUCCUCGACAAGCCCCAGACAGCCCUCACAGCUCAUAGUCUAGCAUUCUGGGAGCUGAAGUCCAAAACAUCUGGAGGACCAGAGUUUGGGAAUCACUGGAUUCCGGCCAGGUGUUUGGGACCUUCAGCACCCAGAAGCCCUAGCCUGCUUGGGCAACAGUCCGGAAUUCUGGGAGCUGAAGUCCAAAACAUCUGGCAGACCAACAUUUGGGAAACGAUCAUCUACAGCAACAUCCCAAACCCACUAAACAGGGAUCCUACAAGCUUUUGAAGCCCCACUGGCUUCUUCAUCAGGCAAUAUACAGGAUAUAUUUAGUCACACAAACCUCUUUUUCACCAGGCAAA